AUGCUUCAUAAUGCGCAGUCUACGAACAUAUCCCUCACAAAUGCGUGGGAAGUAGAAAGGGGAGGUAGGGUUCGAGCUACGGACCUUUCGGUCAGUAAAUUCACGCUCCAACCACUGAGCCAUCUCGCCCAAUUACGUGCUAUAUUGUUGUGUGGUUGCGAAACAUGGCCUCCGCGGACAAAUAAUUUGAAGCGUCUUCAGGUCUUUGACUCAGAAGCGGAUGGCGUUGGUGAAUUUGAUUGUGUAGCAGAUCUCAACUACCCUACUUUGAGUUCGGUAUCAAAUAGGCCUUCCAGCACCACUCCGUCCCAGGGACAUGAAUCAACUGUGCUUCCUUGGAACCUAGACGAGACCCACCCGUCCAUGCCAGCUGACUUGGUUUCUGAUGCAAAGCGAAAAGGUGUGCUAUCGACCGACGUUUUAGUAGGGCGUCCUGGUGUCUCCAACAGGAAGCGUCCUCCCACCUCUGUUCCAUCUUUGUCGGAUGAAACUAAUAUCCUAGCAAAUACCGAGGGACGUCACUAUCGGGAAUGGCCACCCCUAGCAGGUCUGCGUGGACUUUCGUUGGAUGAGGGAACCCUUAACAAACCGGAUCUCAGUGAGCCGCCUAUGCCUCCCCCUCGCGGCGUUUCAGGACAGAAAUCGACUUCCGUAUACGUCGAAACAUUACAUCAGAAUGGAAUGAGUACCAGUCAGCCGGGUGUUGUGCGGCCUAGUGUACAACGUAUGACACUGAUGCACGAACGACUCGGAAUUAAUAAUUCUGGGCUGACCACAACAUAUCAACUACCAAACAAUGUGCCAAACUCAGCACAACAAGCCGGCAAGCUGUUUGACAUCCCGGAGAUUGUCAGUGGUGAGCGAGUUUCAUCGCCGAAAACGGUAUUUUCCAUUUCCCAGGAUUUCAACACAACCAGUUCUUUAAUAUCAAGUGGUACUUUCAGCAGUGAGGAGGAAAAUCCAACCGGUGCAGCUUUCCACAUGGACUCCUCUUGUGCCACUGAUGCGGUUAAUCUUCGGGAUUCAGACACUGUUCCGAACGCAUCGGAGACUCUGGGCAACGGGAAUAAGAAACAAGCCGUUUUAACCCUAUUGGAACGAUACAAUCUACCGGCAGAGUGCUUGGCGGAUCAAGUGACACCGUGCGAACCGGUUAAAAAGAAACAUAGCUUCAAAGUGCACACCUAUCUCGGUCCAAACUGGUGCGAUUUUUGUACUCAUUUUAUCUGGGGCCUCGUCGCUCAAGGUGUCAAGUGUCAAGAUUGCGGUUUCCAGGCUCACAAGCGCUGCUCCGAUCUUGUGCCAGAUGACUGUCCACCGGAUGUCAAUCAGAUGAAACGUGUGUUCGGCGUGGAUUUGACAAGUCUGACGUUGGCUGAACGAAAAACUAUUCCAAUUUUGCUGGAGCGAUGUGUGGGUGAAGUAGAGACUCGAGGCGCCCUGGUUUGUGAAGGCCUUUACCGUGUUCCGGGAAAUCAUGAUCGUAUUGAGCAGCUUCGUGCAGCAUUUGAUAAAGAUGCUGAAUCUGCUCGAAUAUCCCCAUCUCACGUCCCGGAUGUCAAUGUGAUCACAAGUCUGAUCAAAUCAUUCCUACGUCAACUUCCGGUCCCGUUAAUCACUUUCGACGCCUACCCUAAAUUGAUGGACAUUGUUCGUGAGGACAACCUUACGGAUGGUGAAAACCUUAGUGGAAUCGCCUCUGUGCUGUCUACUCUACCUCCCGCACAUUAUGAAACUUUACGGUUCUUCAUGCGGCAUAUACACCGGGUUGCCGUCAAUCAUGAGAAAAAUAUGAUGUCUGCCGAGAAUCUUUCAACAGUGUUGGCGCCAAGUCUAAUGAGUUCGUCCUACACGGAUCCGCAGAGUUGCAUAGCUGGAAUGCAAACCGAACGGAAGUUGGUACGCAUACUUAUCAGAGAUUACAACGCGUUGUUUCCUGGCCACGAGCGUUCAGUUCGUAGACAUGCCACUUUUGAACCUCAGCAUGACCGUCCAAAUAGUCAGUUUAUUGCCUCUGCGGCUCUCAUGCAGUACGCAGCUAACCGACCGGUUCCACGUGAGCCAGAGCAAAGCAAGCGUCGGUUUCUGCGAAAUCGUCGCUCUGUUGAUACUCCACUGCUCACAUCUGGGUCCACCGAAAAGGCAACCGCUCCGCUCCCUUCUCAAUGCUCCCCACUUGGCAGUCCACUGACAGUGCUGUAUUUACGCACCAAAUUAACGGCUACCGCUUCCAAUGCGCAGCUCUCUAACCCACCUCCCCGAGUCAUCGGUGAACGAAACUGCGGCAGCUAG